UAGUUCAAAACAAAAUAAAUUAUCAAAACUUUUGAUUACGUUCGUUCGUGUGUUUGCGAAAAGUUGGUUGGGUAAAGCGCGCUUUGGUGUCUGCAUUUAGCAGGUGACAAAAUAAAAAAAAUGAUACCGUCAUAAAAAAUAAUUUCAAAGUGUAAUUUAAAUUAGAGAAAGAAUCAAUUGUUUUACAGUUUUUUCAACAAUCAACGCUCUCAUUGGAUAUGCCGGCUAAACGUUUCCGUUGCUUGACUUAUAGUGCAAAGUGUUUAGCAUAGUUUCACUUUACAAUUAUGACAGCAUGCCGUAGAGUUUAUGUGUGUUACAGGAAGUGGAAAGAGUGAAAAAAUCUUGAAAGUGGUGAAAAGAACAAACGCCGGUAACUCGUGCGUUAGAAUACAAAAUAUAAAGUGUCCAUAUUCCAACUUGUGAGUGAUUGCUAUUAAGCUUCCACAUUCGAGAUUGGGAGUAUACAAAUUUAUGCAGUGCGGCCUAUAAACAGCAAUACCUAUGGAGGUGGCAGCCAGCAGCAUAUCAAGAUUCAGCGAUGUUGAUGAAUAUGGCUUCAAGCGCUCCGAUAAUUUCGACUAUCGAAAUUAUGAGCAAUUUAUGUCCGGUUACCUGAAAACGCUCACCAAACGGCGCAUGAAAUGGGAAGCUAUACUACAACGCAAUGCCGAUCUCGCGACUAUUGAUAGCAAAUUGAAACGAUACAUACGAAAGGGCAUACCAGGUCCCUUUCGUGCUGAUGUUUGGAUGAAGAUUUCCGGUGCAGCGAAAUUACAACAACGUUCUCCCACACUUUAUCGCAAUUUGUUGACUGCACAUUUCGAGAAAGAAAUCUGCGAUUCCAUAAUAAUUGAUCUACCUCGUACAUUUCCCGACAACAUUCAUUUCGAUACAAAGAAAGAACGCCUCUUCAAUAUAUUGGCUGCGUAUGCGCAUCACAAUCGCGAUGUGGGCUAUUGUCAGGGAUUGAACUAUAUUGCGGGUUUACUGUUAAUCGUCACCGAUGAUGAAGAGAAAUCUUUUUGGCUGUUAAAGCAUAUAGUGGAGAAUAUUGUGCCACAGUAUCAUACAAAAAAUAUGGCGAAUUUAUUACGCGAUUUGGCUGUAUUCAAAGAGAUGAUUAUAAGACGAGCGCCACAAGUUAACCGACACAUAGAAAAUCUAGGCUUACCAUAUGCUGUGAUAGCGAGUAAAUGGUUCAUUUGCAUUUUCGCUGAAGUGCUUCCUGUGGAAACUGUACUGCGUAUUUGGGAUUGCGUUUUUGCCGAAGGUUAUAAGAUUGUCUUUCGCGUCGCAUUAGCAUUAUUCCUAACACAUAAAACAGCAAUACUCGGCUGUGAUGAUAUCGCCGCAUUAGCGAAUCUAUUUCGCGAAAAAAUGAUGCAGGACGACAUUGUUACCAACUGCCAUAGCUUUACGGAAGCCAUGUUCAAGAUACGUUUGAAACGUAGUGAGCUUGAGGCAUUACGCACAGUGUGCGUAGGACGUAAUAAUACUUAAGCAAAUUAGCAAGAAUUAUUGUAGGAAUUAUUUAGUUGAAAAUAAGCACGGAUAUACGAGUAAAUUGUAUUCUACUAGCGGCUAAAGUUACUUAAAUACACAUCACGAAAGUACUGAAGAAUCAAUAAGAACUACCGAACACACCUAUUUAUGAAGGUAUGAAAUUAGUAAAAGGAAAUGCGAACAAAUUUCAAAAAGACAUGUACACAAUAGACUUAAAUGUUUAGCAAUAUUACAUAUAUUUAUAUAUAUAUUAAAUUACAUGCGAGAUAAUAUGCAAUGCAGUAGGACCAGUGCUUAAAGUCAACUCAUGGAAUGGAAUUGCUUUCAAUAGCUUACAAAAAACAAAGUAAAACGAAACAAAUGAUAAUACCAAUACGAAUUAUAUAGCUGUUGGGCACUAAAAGGGCAUUAUAAGCAACAGAACUACCAAAAUAAUACUACUAAAAUGAUAAUUUAAGUUACAAAUGUAUACAAAUUUAUAUGGCUUAGUAUACUAUAACGAUACAAAGUGUAUAUAUAAUAGUAUUUAUUAUAAAUAUUUAUUUAAAAGCCUGUUUUACGAUUGUCUGUAUGUGUACGUGUGAGUUAAACAGUGUUAGUGCACUUAAAUUAAAGCAAUUGGUAGUUG